CUGAAGCCAUUGUUUUUAUCAUAUCAGACACUUGUGUUACUUGUGGCCGUUCAUCAAUGGCUACCAUCAACCUCUCUUCUUUGCAAACUCUCCCCUUUCAUCGUUUGUUCUCUUCUUUUCCCCAAAAUGCCCCUACCCUUUCGUUCAAUUUACACACCAAACCCUCUGUGAAUCUACGCCCAAUUUCUCCAAAACCCUACAAUUCAGAGAAGCCUCGGACAUGGGCGGUGGCUCUGGCCGUGAAGAACCUCGGUGCGACAGAGGCGGUGACUGUGUCGCUGGCAAACGAUGGACCUGCCGGAGAACUGCCGUCGGGUGCCGGCGUUUACGCCGUUUACGACAACAACGGUGAGCUUCAGUUCAUUGGUUUAUCGCGUAACAUUGCGGCAAGCGUUUCGACUCACCGGAAAUCGGUGCCGGAGCUCUGCGGCUCCGUCAAGGCUGGGAUAGUGGAUGAACCUGACAAAGAAGCUCUAACCAAAGCAUGGAAGUCUUGGAUGGAAGAAUACAUAAAAGUUAGUGGAAAAGUUCCACCUGGUAAUGAAUCAGGAAACAUUACUUGGGUCAGGCCACAACCUAAGAAGAAGCCUGAUCUUCGAUUAACACCUGGUCGCCAUGUGCAAUUAACUGUUCCUCUUGAGGACCUUAUUGACAAGUUGGUAAAAGAGAACAAGGUAGUUGCAUUCAUUAAGGGCUCUAGAAGUGCACCUCUAUGUGGAUUCUCACAGAGGGUGAUAGGCAUUCUUGAAAACGAAGGAGUAGAUUAUGAGAGUGUAAAUGUGGUGGAUGAAGAUUAUAACUACGGAUUAAGGGAAACACUUAAAAAGUACAGCAACUGGCCCACAUUCCCUCAGAUCUUUGUAGAUGGUGAACUGGUUGGGGGUUGUGAUAUAUUGACCUCCAUGUAUGAGAAAGGUGAACUGGCUAGUUUGUUCAAAAAAUAAUGUUGCAAGCUACAUGCAUUUAGAUUUUCUUUUGAAACCCUGGGACAAGGAGUAGAGCGUGGGACAUUAAGGCAUAGAGUUAUGCAGGUCAUGUCAUGUUUUGUUGUAUUAAUCUUUUAGAUAUAAGGGGAUAAAAAAAAGAAGAAAACUAGUUAUGUAUAUUUAAUGCUAAUCGUAUUAGAAAAUGCUUGCUUUCCGAAUAUUUUCUUUAUAUACGGCCACUGCAAAAUAUACUCAUGAGAAUCGGAUGUGGAGCUUUUCAUGAACCUGAUUUGUGAGG